AUGUCUGGACGCCACAUGAACCAACCUAAUGUUCACAGCUGCUAUAGCCAUUCCAAGAAUGCAUCUCUUCCACCCCGAGCUUCAGGCUGGCACCAGUGCCCACAUCUGAACAAGGGCCUGUGGACCCAUGCCCCAAGUGCCACAGAUUUUAGCACCCGCAACUGCCACAUGGAACAGUCCUUUGUCCCCACGUCCACCAGACUUCCCCCGGGAAGAAUCUUCACAGGCAAACCCUACACUUCCAAGUGCGUGGAGACAAGUCAUGUGACGAAAGGCCCCAAGGUAGUCAGCAGGCCCCACUGCCUGCUCUGUACAGACCGUCGUCCCUCGUGCCCCUCCAGCCCCACCUUCCUGGACCAACUCAUCAGAGGCAUCAAUUACUUAGAUCGGUCCUCCAAGUCCUUCUACAACAAUUACCCCAAGACACAGACCCUGCCCCAGUUGGCAGCCACCUACCUGCAACGGGCAGCUGACUCCUUCUACUUGGACCACAUAGACCAGCCCCCACUGGGCAGCUACUCCACCCCCAGCGCCAGCAUGGUCACCCCUGACCACAUCCUUAACAACACCUCGCUGGUGCCAUCCAACCAGGAGGCCAACACUCUGCAGUGCCUGGACAAUUCCACGGGCAUGAGCUGCCAGCAUCCACCCCAUAGCCAGAGCUCCACUUCUGAGAUGCCACAGAAGUCAGGACUCAAGCUACCGGAGCUCCCUCUGUUUGGCAAUGGGCUGUCCUCUAUAGAUCAACUGCCCAAGUUCUGGGAAGCAAUGCACUCAGGCUGGAGUGCUCCCGAGCCCAUCUCCAAACCCUCUAGCUGGUGGUGA